GGUUUUUAUGUGGUUUUGGUAGGAAGAACAAAAGACAGCCUCACCACAUCUCCAUUCCUAGCCAGAUUUCCAGCUGAUCCUCCUGUGCCAGACAUCCUUCCCAGCGGUGGGGUGGUUUCAGGUCCUCUAAAAGUGCAGGUUACAUAAUGUUGAGCCUUAACACCCAGAUACCAACACUCUCCCUCCAGCUAAAACAUCAGCCCAUGCCCGGGCCAUAAACUGAGUUUAAUGUUAAUCACAUGGUUGUUUAAUAGUAAAACUAUCGGUCACGAAGGAAGUAAACAGCCCCGCUGGUGACAGUCAGUAGACACAUAAAAAGGUGCCGUCCAGUCAAAACAGCCUGUCGAGACAUACCAACUGCUGAGACACAAUGGAAGAAUCCUCUACAGGAAAAAACAAGCAUCAAAUCGUGUAUUUUUCCACUGAUCUGUGUGAUUUUUCAUUGUAUCUUUAGGACCACUCAUACCAAUAACACCAUAAGGAAAACACACGUGGACAAACACUCCACACCCCCCUGGCUAUAUUUCCCUCCCUGACACACUCCUUGUCCCCUCCCUCUCUUUGACAGUUAACUGUAUAAAUAUCCCACUCUCAGCAUUGCUGGAAUUCAGAGACUGACCUGCACUGACCAGGGAAACUCAGAGAGAGACCAGCUAAAGACAGACAGAGAGAAUUUAAUAGAGUGGGGACCAUCUCUGCAAAACAGGAAAAGAUAGAAAAAAGUUUCAUCCCAGCUACUCAUUUCCAACAUGUGGCUUCAGGUGUUUUUCUUGUGUUUCUCCUGCUUAACUCUAUCCACUGUAAGCCAAACUCAAGACCAAGCCUCCUUCCACCGCUCCAGAGAUCAUGCUGGGCGCUGCCAAUACACCUUCAGUGUUGCAAGUCCCGAAGAGUCCAGCUGCCCUGGAGGCAACAUGAAACCAGAGAUUGAUGGUGUGAUGUCUCGUCUCACUCUGCUGGAGGCUUUGGUCAGCCGCCUGAUAGCAGGACAAGAUGGUGGUAUGGACACAGGGGUCGGAGCUGAUGGUGGAGAAGCUUUCUCCCAGGUCACAAGAGAGAGAAACCAGCUGCAGCAAGACAAGGAACGUCUUAACAGGCAGGUUCAGGAGCAGCAGAGGAGGCUGGAAGCACUGAGCCAGGAAGCAGAGAGCCUCAGGCAAAAACCUUGCCGGCAGAUGCACACCUCAGGGCAUGAAAACAGACCUGCAAGCGGUAUGUACAUAGGCAUGUGAAGGAAAAACAUAAAAACCAAAACUAAGCUUUCAUUACUCCAGCAUCCAAAAAAAAAAAGCUUUCUUUUCAGGGAUGCUGUCGAAGAAAAUAAAGCUUUUUUCAUGACUAAGCUUGCUGUUGCUGAACUUCUGCUUUGAUUGUAUAUUAAUGUUUUCAUGGUUGAGGGGCGACUGGUCACGUUGCAGUUCACCAGCCAAAGUGAAGUAAAAGGUUAGGAAUUUACGACUCAGACCCCUGUUUUACAGCUGUCACUCCUGCAUGCUGGUUAACUUUCAUGGGAUCAAUACCAACCUAAAGCUCACAGGGCAAAAACAUGAGACACUGACUUUAAUACUGUCUGUUUGUUGGGACUGAGGUAUAAAAUAUUAUUUCUUGUUAUGUAUUAUGACUUGAAAUUCUCUUGUAGUUUUGAACUUUUUAUUAAUUUGUGUUGUAUCUCUUUACUGUGUCUUUUAGACCCUGCAUAUGACACUGGGAAUGGUGCAUACCAAGAGAUGAAGGCUGAGGUCACAGAAGUCCCAGCAUCCCAUCUUAUUCCUGACGGAAGCAGCACUUUCACAGGUACAUGUUGCGUUGAAAUGGCACUAAUGUCGCUGCUCAAAUCGACCCAUUGGUUGCAGUUACUAAGUACCUCAAGAGUAUCUGACUAUCGAGUUCUGAUUAAGUGACUAAGUUAUGUGACGAUUACAUCCAACUGAUAAAUACAAAGUGGUAUCAUAACAUUGUGAUUACUAAAAUAUUUUGUAGCAUGGUCAAAGUUUGACAGCUUUCCCUUUUUUUGUAGUUUUGAUUUCACUGACUACACUUGUAAAUGUGUUUUUGUCUACCCUCCUUCUGAUAUUCUGAUAUCUCACAAAUACCGUGGAUUUGUCCUGUCAGGUUGUGGAGAGCUGCGUUCAGUUGGAGAGCCUGUGAUGCACAGGAAGGCUGACAGCAUCACAGGUAAGUAUGGAGUGUGGCUGCAGGAUCCCGAGCCACAGGGUGAUGUCUACACCAACAAGACCGUGUGGCGAAUCGAUGCUGUGGGCAAAGACGUCCGUCAGCUCUUUGCAUAUGAAGACAUGGAUCAGUUCUCUAAAGGGUUCCCCAUGAAAGUGCUGGUCUUGCCUGAGCCCGUAGAGAGCACAGGGGCCACCAUGUACCGUGGCUCCCUAUACUACCAGCGCAGACGUAGCCGUACUCUGAUCCGUUAUGACUUGGCCUCUGAGAAGCUGGCAUCACGUCUAGACCUGCCCCACGCCGGCUUUCAUGGUCAGUACCCAUACUCCUGGGGUGGCUACACUGACAUCGACCUGGCAGCAGAUGAGAAGGGUUUGUGGGCAAUUUACAGCACCAGCAAGGCAAAGGGUGCCAUUGUGAUUUCACAACUGGACCCUGAGAGUCUAGAGGUGAAGAAGAGCUGGGAGACCAACAUCAGAAAGAACACCGUGGCCAACUCUUUCAUGGUAUGUGGACGUCUGUACACAGUAGCCAGCUACACAGCGCCAAACACAACCAUCAACUACGUGUUCAAUACAGCCACCAACGAGGGGCGGGCUGUAGCUGUGCCUUUCAAGAACAAGUACCGCUACAACAGUAUGGUGGACUACAACCACGCCCAGAGGAAGCUGCAUGCCUGGGACAACUUCCACAUGGUCACCUAUGACAUCAGACUGAUGCGGUCCAAUCAGGAUAGCAGCUAAAGAGAACACUGAUACAGCACUUUACAGGACUGUCAACAAGAUAAAACAUAUAGUCACUUCUGGUGUAUAAAGGCUUUGGCAGAGCUUGAUUUCCUCUGUGUAAGAUUCUAUUUUUUAUAUCACACUUGUAAAUAAAAUCUCUUAUAGCAGCAGAAAUGUAUUCAUAAGGCAGACUUAUGUAGCUUCAACGUAGCCCUUACAGAUUUAUCAGAUAUCAUAUUUUAUUAUUAAAAUAUUGUUGAUGUGUGUUAAGAAAUGUUCAUUUUAACUUUUUAAUAAAAAUGAUACAAAACUCCU